AUGACCCAUACAAUGAUAAAGACAGACGUUAUAUAUUUAUAUAAUUUUAUAAAAAAACUAAAAAUGAAUACAAAUGAUGUUCCUACCAUAUUACAAGAGUUUGCACAGCCUCGUGUAAUAAAUGAAGAUAUGUUAUUAAAUUUAAUAAUUGAACAAGGACCGAAAGGAAUAGCUGGUAGACUCUUUUAUGAGGAUGGUAUUAAUUUGGAUGAAACAAAAGAAAUUCGAAUCGAAUUUCUUAAUAUUUUAAAAAUAGAUUAUUUAUGGAUGAUGCCAAAUCUUACAAAAUUAAAAUUAUCCAAUAAUAUAAUUGAAAAAAUAGAAAAUCUUGAUGCUCUUGUUAAUUUGAAAGAAUUAGAUUUAUCUUUCAAUCGUAUUAAAAUUAUAGAAAAUUUAGAUAAUUUAACAAAAUUAGAAAUAUUACUUUUAUUUAAUAAUGAAAUUAAUGAAAUAGAGAAUAUAGAUAAUUUAUAUCAUCUUACGAUAUUUAGUAUUGGUAAUAAUAUUAUAUCAAGUUGGAAACAUGUAUUAUAUUUAAGAAAAUUUAAAAAUUUAUAUAGUUUGAAUAUGAGUGGAAAUCCAUGCACAAAAGAAGAGGGAUAUUUAGAUUACGUGUUUGCAUUUAUACCUCAAUUAAUUUAUUAUGAAUACAAAAUGGUAACUAAAGAACAAAGACAAACAGCUAGAGAAAAACACUAUAGAGCUUUACAUAUUUUAGAAGAAGCAGAAAUGAAAGAAAAAGAAGAAUUGAAUAUAAGACAAGAACGUGAAAAAAAAUUAGCUUUUCUUACUACUGCAUGUGUAGAAUAUCUAGAUGAAGAUCAUCUUUUUUAUCAAAUGUUUGAAUAUGACAAAGAAGGAAAAGAUUUAUCUAUGGUAAAUGAAGAUACACAAAAUGCAUAUGAACAAUAUAAGAUAAAUUUUUCUACUUUAUGUCAAGAACUUUGUGAAGUAGGAUUAAAAGAACAUGAUAAACGUUUAGAUGAAAUAAAUCUUUAUAAUAUUGGUGUAAAUGAAGGAAAAAAUAUUUCACAGAAUCAUGGAAGGAUGAUUGUAAAUGAAGUUUUGCAAACUAAAGCUGUCACAUUAGUAAAUAUUAAACAAUUAUUAAAAAAAUUAGUUGAAGAUAUAGAUGCUGCUACAUUAGAAGAUAUAACUCAAAAGGCACAACAACUUUCUCAAGAAUUUAAUAAUGUAGUAACUGAAACAUGGACAAAAUUAAUGACCAUUGAAGUAGAUCUACAUGAGCAAAUACAGGAUAUAAAUGAAAUAUUCAGAAUUAAUAUUUCCGAUAUGAUAGAAUCUUUCUUAACAAUUGCACGAGGAUAUUUUUCACAAUUACGUAAUUGUGAAGCAGAAUAUAAUGAUACUAUUAAUGGAUUAAUUUUAUAUUAUCUUAGUGGUUUUGGAGAAGAUCAAAAACUGCCUCGUCAUUUAUUAAAUUUAUGUGAAGAUAAAGAUAUGUUAAGUUAUAAUCUUAAUAAUUCUCAUGAAAGACAUUUACAAGUAAUAGAUGCUCGAGAAGAUAGCAUGGUAAAUCGAUUAAGAAAUUGGCUUAAAGAAUAUAAUGAAGAAUUAUCAAGGCAAGAAAUUGAAAGAAAUAAUCAACAAGUAUUAGAAAUAGCACACUUUGCAGACUCUCAACAAGAAGAAUUUUUAUAUCUCUUACAGCAAUUAAAUAUUAGUGACCCAGAAGUUAUAUUAGCACUUGAAAGUACUUAAAAUUUAAUAGAAUAUUUCUCAAAUUAUUCACUUAAAAAUAAAUAUUUAAAAAAACUAAA